AUGACCAGCCAGUCUCAGGGAAUCCAGCAGCUUCUGCAGGCAGAAAAACGUGCCAAGGACAAACUGGAGGAAGCAAAAAAAAGAAAAGGAAAGAGACUAAAGCAGGCCAAAGAAGAAGCCACAGCUGAGAUAGACCACUACCGCUUACAGAGGGAGAAGGAAUUUAGAAGCAAGCAAACAAAUGUAAUGGGCUCCCAAGGUAACUUCUCUGCUAAAAUAGAAGAACAAACCACAGAAACUAUCCGAACCCUCACUAGCAGCUACCACAAGAACAUGGAGAGCGUGAUGAAAAAGCUUUUGAACACGAUAUGUGACAUCAACCCUGAAGUACAUCCAAACUUCAGGCAUGCAAUUUAA